CUUGAUGAUGGCAUGGAGGAGGGUCUUCCACUUUAUAUUGCAACGCAAGGGCCACUGCCGCCCACUGUUGCUCACUUCUGGCAGAUGGUAAAGGAACAACGUUGCAAGGCGGUGAUUAUGCUCACAAAAGAGAUUGAGAACAACCGUAUUAAGUGUGGGCGUUACUUCCCUCUGGAGGAAGGCGAGGUAAACAGAUAUGGCCAUCUAGUGGUGACCACAAAGUUGAAGCAUUCAAGUCAUGGAGCGAUUGACCGGAGAGAGAUUGAAAUUGCUCAUGCAGAGAGCUGUGAUCCGCCUUUUGUUGUUGAGCACUAUCAUUACUUGGAUUGGCCAGACCAUGGAGUGCCGAUGACAACUCGUCCGAUCAGGGACCUGAUGCGCCAUCUUCGUCUCUCCCAGAUAUCCGGUGGCCCUUUCCUUGUUCACUGCAGUGCUGGGAUUGGGCGAACAGGUGCUUACUGCACGAUAGAUCUCACGAUUAGGCGAAUCCUGAAAGGGAAUCUUGCUGCAAUCAACGUGCGAGAAACUGUGAAGAAUUUGAGGAAGCAGCGUGCGGGAAUGGUGCAGUCUAAGGAGCAAUAUUUUUUCUGUUUCAUGGCAAUCCGCGAUGAGCUCACGGACCUGAUUGAGAUGGAUAAGCGGCGCCAUGUGCUUGAUCUGGGUCCCCAUCCAGGGACAACAUGACGGUGUGUCAUCGGCGGCAGCUUUCUAUUUUUAAUGGCCGGGGGCGAUUGCGACAACAGCACCUCGUCAUGAUGAGAAGAACACUGGCAAGGCGUCGACGACCUCCAGGAGUGGUGUUUGUUGCAAAGUUGGUGAACUUGGGAGGAUAUCGGUUUGCUGAGUUCGUGGGACUCGCGCAUUCGAGAUUGUCGCCAUGCUUCGUGACGACUGGAGAAACUGUUGUUGUUGGCGGAGUGGUGGUCUUGGAUGAUGAUGACCUUUUUCAACGGAACUGCAAGGUUUGCGGAAGGAAAUAGGAAGGUGUCAUGUCACCUCUUUGCUGAGUCGUUGGACUCUCACUCCUGGGAUCGAUUCUUGGGCUGCUUGGUCACCGGCAGGAGGGGUGCAUGCUGUUUAUGAGUCCAGAGGGUCGCUCCACUAACUCCCCCGUGCAUUUGUCUUCAAUUUGGGAAAGGAGGUGUUCCUAUCGAGGAGAUUGGGCGCAAAAGAAUUGUCAUUGCGCGAAGGCAGAUGUGGCCACAGCAGUGAGUGACCCGAUAACGUCCGGAGCUGAGAAGGCAGGUCUGCCAGAGACCUGGGUGAUGGAUGAAGAUCUCCACCGGAUUGGAUUGCCGCACCGCGUCGUGUGUAAACAGGCUGUCUGUCUACUUUCGUUAGUGAGUGGGCUCUGUGACAAGGCUGUAUGGACGAUUCGCAUUGCUCUGUGCUUGCCCAGUUCUGUGGGGCUGGGAGGGUGUUUGUCGUGGAGUUUUGCAGCCUCGGGCCUCAUCUUCUGUACACGUUCGCGAUUGCUUUCUGAAUGGCUGACUUGCAGCCUUUCUGCCAAGUCAGCAUUGAUCAAUCAGCUGCACAGUGGAGGGCGCCCCAACUGGUUUGGGUGGAGAUGGAGACUUUGCUCGGGAACUGAAAUGCUUCUGAGACAUGCCCCAUGAGUCAUGACAGAGCAUCUGGAUAACAGUUGUGGGGUGUAUACUCACGCAUAUUGUUAAGAGGAUAUAUUGCAGCAUGGCCCCCGUCUCAAUUCACUUCUUAUCAGAAACUUGAGGAGGAGGAUUCGCAGCUGGACAAUAUCUAGACGACUCUGUCAACGAGCUGCUGUUCACAAUCCUCAGCACUUGUGGGCUUCGUUUUUCAUCGUUUUUCCUUUGUCUUCGUCCCCGUUGUCCUUCCCCUGCACCAUCUUUUGCUGCCUUAUUGCCGACUUCCUCCUCGUCCUCUUCCACUCCUGAGAUGGGUUUCUGCAUCAGUCUUUAUGUAUAUAUACAGUCCUUAGAGAGCAGAGCUGGAUCUGAUCUGAUCUUCGACCAGAUCCAUUCUUGAAUUUCUUGGUAUUUGCUAAAGCAUGGAAGUGCUUGAGCGGUGGAAUCGCUGCUCGUGUUUUGUGUAUAUGGCGAAGACACGGGUUUGUAUCCCGUAUAAGGAGCACGGUUGACUCUGAAUUUGCUGGCCACGAAGGUGGGCUAUUGUAUUGUAGUCGUGUAGUUUCUCCGUGUGGUUUUCCUUUUUUUGGUGAUUUGCUUCUCCGUUGGUCCUUCUGUUGUUUCGCGAAGCUGUUGCGAGCUUUACCUUGUUUGAUUGCCUUUCAUUUUUGACGAUGUUGGAAUCUCUCUUCCCGACCUCUGGAAUUGUGCUUUGUAAUUCAUUGCCUUUGCCCAUUUUACUUCUGAAAGUUUUUGUUUGCCUGGAGCUCCCUGAAAAGUUUUUGUUUGCCUGGAGGUCCCUGUUUCCUUCCGUACCUGACGAGCUAACCAUCUGACGGUCAGGAAUGUGCCGGCAGUUUCGUUUCUAAAAACCCUGUAGGACCACAAAUGCACACAGUUAGAGUGGGGCAUGGAGGGAGGACCAUUUGUGAGGCUUUCCUGUGGGAUCUGGGAAGAAGGCAUCAGUUUUCAGUCAAUGAAAAGAGGGUUCUCUU